ACUGACACUAUUAUUAGCGCGUGUGAGAGCGAGUAAGAGAAAACCAAAGAAGUUACCUAUGUUAAGGACGUUGGUACACGCGCCCACUUUGUGCUGUCUCUCCGGUCCUUCUCCUUCCAAUUCCGCUUCCUCCAACCUUUCACGCCCUCCCAUGGCCACUUCUGCUCGAAUCGCAGUCAUCGGAGACAUCCAUAAUGAUUGGAAUCUACAAGAAGAUACAAAGGCACUUCAAUUUCUUCAGCCAGAUCUGGUGCUGUUUACAGGUGAUUUUGGUGAGGAGAAUGUUGAACUCGUCCAAAGUGCUGCCAGUCUUGAAUUUGCUAAAGCAGCUAUUUUGGGAAAUCAUGAUGCCUGGUAUACUCAACAGUUUUCUGGAAAGAGGAAGGAUGGAGUUCAACUUCAGCUUGAGUGGUCCCGUGUCAUGCUUGAAUUGUUACUUUGUAAUAAUCAGUCUUGGUGAGGAGCAUGUAGCUUAUCAACAUUUAGACUUUCCCUUGAUAAAAGUAAGCAUUGUUGGUGGACGGCCAUUUUCCUGUGGAGGGGAGCAAUUGUUUCGAAAAAAGCUUCUAUCUGCAAGAUAUGGUGUCCAAGACAUGGAUGGAAGUGCUAGGAGGAUCUAUAAUGCUGCUUUGGGCACACCGGAGGAUCAUUUUGUCAUAUUGCUUGCACAUAAUGGACCCACAGGGCUUGGUUCUAAUUUGAAUGAUAUUUGUGGAAAGGAUUGGGUUUUCGGGGGUGGUGACCAUGGUGAUCCAGAUCUAGAACAGGCAAUAUCCCUCCUAAAAGAGACUGGCAAAUCAUGCGUCCCACUGGUCGUGUUUGGUCACAUGCAUAAGGAGCUGGCAUAUAGAAAGGGUCUCCGGAAAAUGAUUGUGGUUGGGGAUGACAACACUAUAUACCUGAAUGGGGCUAUUGUUCCUAGGGUUACAAGACUGAAUAAUGAACAAGGAACUGGAAACAGAAGCUUCAUGAAUGAUGAAACCCCUGUAUUGACACCGGAGUCUGAAGGUACAAUGCGAGCCUUCACGUUAGUGGAGAUCUUAGAUGGAAGAGUGGAAAAGAUUACAGAGAGUUGGGUUUCAGUUGUUGGAGAUAACACUACAUUAGCAGAAGAGCAACUGUUAUUUAAAAGGGGCAGUUAGCUUUCUUCAUAUUCGGAUUCCAGUUUCAAUCACUUAUAUAUUAAAAUACUAAGAACAAUAUACAUUGUCCAAUGACUCCAAUGUAGUCUUUAGGAAAGGCCAAAACUAAAACAAUGUUUCUCUCCAAACUAGUUUGAAGAGAAACUCUACAAACUCCUCAUAUAUCUCUAUAUUAAGUGUGAAUUUUGAUAAUCUAA